GAGUUCCGAAUAAACAGAUGACGACGAGACCGGAGGAAAAUGAUUGGUUUACCCAGUACAGGAGGAAAAUGAUUGGUUUACCCAGUGCAAUUAAUGAAUUAAAUCCCAGAUUUAAAGGUGUGAUUCCGAUUGCAUUUUUCACAACCUGAAUAUACAUUGGAAUAUUCAUAUGGUCCUGUAAAACCGUGAGUCUAUUAGAAUAACUGAACACGGAGAUUCAGUGUUGUAAUAAUUCUCACUAACGAGCUGCCAUAUCGGUCAGCAUGUGCGGGCAAUAUGUGUUGUAUUUAAUGCUGGUAAAUGGAUUCACUCUAGUGGCAAUAACAGUGACUCAGGACCCGUGUCAGACCGGGAAUCACCAGGAACUGGGAGACGCGCUAAAGAGAAGCCCGGAUUAUGCCAUGGACGCUACCCCAAUAUGUGACAGAUAUCUGCUGGAGGGUUGGUAUACAGCCCCCUCACGCGUCAUGCCGAGGUCUGCGCCAGGGCUGGGAUUCUGCAACACCCUCUAUCCGUACUGGAUGAAAGGGACGCCUCCAGCCGAAGUUGGACAAGAAAUAGACGUUGAAAUUUGUGGAGUGGGGUUUUCUUCCUGUGAUAAAAGCUUCACAGUCAAGGUGAAACGAUGUCCUUCAUUCUUGGUGUACAGACUCUUGCCUCUCGACUCCUGCAACUCGGCAUACUGCUUUGAGAAUACGGGGAAUUGUGUGUCAGAAACUCCCACAGGAAUCGAGGUUGUCUAUCAUGGCGUGUCAUAUACUUCUAAAACAGAUGGUGGGGUCAUCCAACAUGAACCCGUAAUUAAUCUGCUGUGCCGUUUCACGCCCCUGUUAGACAGCACGCUCUUUUAUCACGUUGACUGGUAUGUAAACAAGACCAGAGUUUUAGAAAAUCAAACAGUGGACUCCACCGCGUUAGACAAAGCUGUAUUCAGCACCCAGGAUCUGUAUGUCGCCGGAGAGAAGCUCGGCUGUUCGAUACACUGUAUAGUUGGAGCCAAGAAAACGAUUGCGGAAUCCCCCUGUAACAGUUCUUCGAGCGCCCUGUUUUAUGCUGGGAUAGAGGUACUGACGCCAGUUCUGAACAUGUCAAGAAAAGGCCAAACCACGCUUCGUAUUCGACCCACCAUUCCGUAUGCGAGUCAAACACUAGAAUUUCAAAAUCAGAAUGAGAAACUUGAAAUUUCGCAACCUCUUUAUAUUAAUUUAGAAUUUCCUUCCACUAUACAAAGUGCCUGUGUAGUUGACGGUACUAGUCCAAAUUUAUGCGAGAUGAAACUCCCAAGCUUUAAAUACAGCGAAAGACACAAGUACGGUAAUACAAGUCUCUGGUACAAAGAGUACGCGAUGACUGUCUACAACAGAGACGAUUUAGGGUAUGCGAUACAGAACAGUAUGAUACUGCGCCUGAAAACAGGAGGGCAAGGAGCAAAUGCAGCCACGGUGUUCGAACAAACAGCCCUGCCAGAUAUUCCGAUAAACAUCCACGACGAUUCCACGGAAUGGAAAGGACGGUACUGUUACUCCAGAGGUGAUCCUCAUAUGAGAACGUUUGAUGGCUACAAAUAUGAAUGCCAUCAUGUUGGCUGUGAGACAGGAAUCACCAUGGUGCUGUACGAAAACAAAGUUCACGAUCAAGAGGUUCAGGUGAGGCAUCAUAAAUGUAUAUACCCGAACGCACGCUGCAUCUAUACUCUGGCGGUCAGAUCCGGAAAUGACGUGUUUAUCAUUGACAUUCGCAAUAACACGAAAUACAUCAACUUCCCAAUUUGUGAGGAUAAGUCACUGAAGGUGGUGAAAGCGUCAGACAGGCGAUACAAGGUAUUUUUACCUACUGGAACGUAUGUUGAAGCUUGGAUUUACUUGAACUAUGCUGACUGGUUCAUGAACGUGAACGUGUUUCCAUAAAUGGCGGAUGUUGGCAACAGUUCCGGUUUGUGUGGAGUUCUAGGAGGCGGUC